CCCAAUACCCACUUUCCACUAGUUAUCGCUGUUUUGGGGAAAAUUAAAAAUUGCCAACCUAUACUUUCUUUUGCCGCUUAGUUUAGAUGUAGGCUCCCAACCGCUGAUAACAGAAGGAUGGAAGGCUCCCGCUGAAGAGCAGGAGCCAAUAAAUUUGAUUAUUUAAAUAAGAUGUAAAACAUUAAACAUUCCAGGUUGACUUUUACGCAAAUGUUAAAUGAAGUGUUUCAGUUUCAACGAUGACGUCACGUAUGAUAAUAGUCUUACUACUGGCAAUACUCCCACUGGUUACCAUGGAGAAUACAACCAUUGUGGAGUCUGUGGGUCGUCAUGACAACGUAACGACCCCUACACCACUCUGUCGGAAUGGAUCUCUUGUCAUUGGCACAACCAACACCACAGAUGGAUGUGACGACAUUGCCGACGAUGACAUGCCCGAACCAAGCAGGAAGACAGCCCGCGGUGAUUAUGUCGGCUAUGUUAUCGUGCCACUCUUCUUCAUCCUCGGCCUCUGUGGCAACACUCUCAGCGUCGCCGUCAUGAUCAGCAAGAAGUUCAGGAAUAAGACCAGCAGUCUCAUCCUCAUCGCGCUGUCGGUUUCCGACUCCGUUUUCGCCUGCAUAACGCCCUUCAACAAAACGUUCCUCAGGAACCUGUUAGGGUUUGAUGUAAGAGCUUUGUCGUCUUUCGGUUGCUCCCUCUUCUUCAUCGUCCACAAGACCAGCAAGAUGUCCUCGUCCUGGUUCGUUGUCUUCAUCAGCUUUGAACGGUUCGUCGCCAUCGUCUUCCCUCUCAAAACAAAAUUCAUUUGCACGAAAAGAAAUACCAUCAUCGGCAUAGCGGUCGUCUUCAUCGGACAACUCAUCUUCAAUAGUAUAUGGGACUUUAAUACGAAGAUAGUUGACGGCAUCUGCAUCCCAAACUACGGAACGCCGGAGACGGCGGUCCUCAGCAAGACAUACCUGGUUAUAGGAACCUUCUUGUACUCACUACUUCCGGUUGGCAUUAUGUUGGUCUUGACACCAAUAACAGUAUUCGUACUUGUACGUCACCAUUCGAUGAGACGGGCCAUGUCUAAGUCCGGAAGCCAGCGGGAUGAUACGGUUAAGUUGACAACCAUGUUAAUCGGAGUUACCAUCGCCUUUAUCAUCCUCGUCACGCCCAUCUCCAUCGCUCACAACGUCUCCUUCGCUCUUGGGGAGAAUAUCUUUGAGACGCAACACUUUGGGAUGAUGGUUGCCCGAGAGAUCCUACAGGUCAUGGAACAGUUGAAUUACUCAGUCAACUUCCUGCUUUACGUCAUGUGCAGUCAGGACUUCCGGAAGAAAGUGGCCGAACUUCUCUGUCAACUGCGAGGGCGCAAAUCCGCAAACGUGUCCCAACCCAAGACAGCGUCGACAACCCCCGUGCCGAUUUCUUCGACCCAAUGAUUGCUUUAACGUCCAUGAUUAACAUACUGGUCAUUUAUUUUGUGUGCGUGCUUGCGUGCGUGCCACGACAAGCAUGUGUUGCUGGAGGUCAAAUAUAUUGAUUAUUAAAUAUUUUUGAUCUAUCAAAUAUUGUGUUAUGUUGUGUUACACUGGUCGGUUGGUUGGUUGGUUGGUUGAUUAAAGGCCCCGUAAAAUUGUUAAUAUCCCAUAGUCCUCACCACCUAAAAUAGAAUCACGAAACAUCGCAUUUUUUAAUUAACAAAUAUAAAUAUAACUGCAUGUGUUCUAAUACUUAUAAAGUGAAAACAAGCAAUUCUUGCAAAAGAAAUAUUGACGAGAGUAACUGAUAGAAGCGUCAGUAAACGGUCUCGAUGCUUGAUGUGAGUUAACUUGUACCAAAAGUACCAAAUACUGGGUUAAGUUCAUUUGCUGUUUCAAGUAGAUUAAAACGUUGAUCAGAAUAAAAGUCACAGGAAAUGAGAAAUAGGUCGCAUCUUCACGUGUUUCUGUAACAAGCUAAUAUUUUAAAAUAUAUAUAGCGUUUCGGGAUAUUAUAACCCGUGUUCGUUUCUCAACUGGUCACUUAUUUGGUUUCAGUUGUUUCACAUAGCUGUCAA